AUGGAUAAAAUCAAUUCGAGAAAGGAUGAUUUGGACAAAGAUACCUCCGAGGAGACCUGCAGCACCAGCGGUGACUCCGAAGAAAGCACAAAUUCUGACAACGAGUUGGAGUUGUCGGGGAGACUCGUAGCCGAACCUUGUCAGGUAAACAAGCCACACAGACAGCUCUGUCGCUCUCCUUGCAUUGAGCCAUACAUUCUGAAAAGGAAUGAGAUUCUACAAGACCUAAAAACUGACGUGUCGAAGGAAUACCAAACAAAACUGGACUUUGCACUAAAGCUUGGAUACUCGGAAGAACAAGUCCUUCUUGUUCUCAACAAGCUGGGAACUAAUGCUUUAAUCAAUGACAUUUUGGGGGAACUUGUCAAGCUUGGUAGCAAGAGUGAAAGUGAGCAGAAUGGAAGUGUUAGUACAAAUGUACGGGAACCAUCGUCCUUUGAGUCUCAAAGAUCGGAAUCUCCUUUUCAUCAGGAAGGAAUAGAUGAUAGUGAUAACCUAAGGCCCAUUGUUAUUGAUGGGAGCAAUGUUGCCAUGAGUCAUGGUAAUAAAGAAGUGUUUUCUUGCCGUGGGAUCAAGCUAGCCGUCUCCUGGUUCUUGGACAGAGGACAUAAGAAUGUCACCGUAUUUGUACCAGCCUGGAGGAAGGAACAGUCCCGACCAGAUGCACUCAUAACUGAUCAAGAAAUCCUGCGCAAGUUAGAAAAGGACAAGAUCCUGGUCUUUACUCCAUCCCGCCGAGUCCAGGGCAGAAGGGUAGUGUGCUAUGAUGAUCGCUUCAUAGUGAAGCUGGCAUUUGAAUCAGAUGGCAUUAUUGUGUCGAAUGACAACUAUCGGGAUCUGGCCAACGAGAAGCCUGAAUGGAAGAAAUUCAUUGACGAGAGGUUGCUAAUGUACUCAUUUGUCAAUGACAAAUUUAUGCCUCCAGAUGAUCCACUAGGCAGACAUGGACCAAGCCUGGAUAAUUUUUUAAGGAAAAAGCCCGUUCUCCCUGAAUACAAGAAACAGCCAUGCCCAUAUGGGAAGAAAUGUACCUAUGGGCAUAAAUGCAAGUAUUAUCACCCAGAAAGGGGCAAUCAGCCACAAAGGUCCGUAGCUGAUGAACUUCGUGCCAUGUCUCGGAACAACAUAGCCAAAACCGCUGGUGAAGUCGGACUGGUGAAGAGCAACAGUGUGCCUUCAAAUACAAAGAUUGACACCAGCUCAGACGUAAAGCGCUCAGCUCCAAAGAGGCAGUCAGACCCUAGUAUAAGAACUCAGGCUUAUGACUUGGAGGAAAAGCUCCCCACCAAAAACAAGUUGGAAACUAGGUCUGUGCCAUCUUUAGUUAGUAUAUCCAGCAUAAAACCCCAAAGUACAACUCCAUCUAGAAAUGGAGCUCUUGCCAAUGUGCAUUUACCAUCUCAGGACCAAGUACCACCUGGACUCUACUCUCCAAUGAUAUUGGCAGCAAAGAAUCAUGGGACAAUCCCAUGUGACCAGUACCCUAAAUGUGAAUCCCCUGUGGAUACUGGAUAUUAUUCGAUGAUGAAUGCUUAUUCAAACCUCAGCAUCUCUGGAAACCGGAGUCCGGAACGUCGUUUCUCAUUGGAUACAGAUUACCGGAUAAGUUUUGUGGCUUCUGACUGCAGCAGCGAAGGUAGCUUGAGUUGUGGGAGCAGUGACUCCUACUCAGGUUACAACGACCGAUCUUAUGUCAGCUCCCCUGACCCUCAGCUGGAGGACAACCUGAAAUGUCAGCAUAUUCACACGCACAGUCGGGCGAAUUCCCAAGCAUUCCAAGGCUACCAUGACCCUUUGAUGAGAGUCCAAAGUUAUGGUCAUGAGCCAGAGCCAAAGCACCACCACAAGCCUCCACCACCAUACAUGCCAUUACCACCCUUGCAUCAUGCUGUUGCCGCACGUUCAAGCUGCCCAAAUGAUUACCACGUUUCCCCAAAUUCACCUAUGUCAAAGAGUGGAAUUAUGGGUAGAUCAUUGGUUUCUACAAGGAUGGAGAGCGUUUCUGAUUCCCGCUUGUAUGAAAGCCCUCCUCAACGGCAGCACAAAAUAUACCUUAGCCAAGAAAGCCCAAGAAAUAGCGACCGGGUAAAUUAUCCUGUGGAUGCUUAUGGUUAUCGCCCCAGUUACCCAGUGUCGGGUAACCCAUCACAGCCAUGUUAUGAGCAGUUUGCUUUCCAGAGCCCACUGGAGAACCAAGACCCCUCUUGGAGGGUUCCAUACUGUGGCAUCCCCCAAGAACUUCCAAGAUUUUCAAACACCAGAGAAAAAAUCUUUGUGAACUUGUGUAACAUCUUCCCAGCAGAACUUGUGCGCAUUGUGAUGAAAAGGAAUCCGCACGUCACUGACGCCCAGCAGCUCGCAGCAGCCAUUUUGAUGGAAAAAUCCCAGUGUGGAUAUUGA